AUGAGUAGCCCGAAGUCCCCGCCAAAGUCUCCCUCCCCUGGGGUAGCGUCUCCUCUCGGCGAUGGGAACGCCGUAAUUGAAGUGGACGCCGCGGAUGCCGAUUCGGUCUACGCUCAAUCCUCCCCGAAUGAUGAGAGGCAACAGGAGGCAGAAGACCUGAUGCACGAAAUGAUUCGAAUUAUUCUCGAUGACAAACUAUUCACAAGUCCACUCGGGGACAAAGUCGAUCGAGUUCUCGAUGUUGGUUGCGGUACGGGACAGUGGGCCAUAGAGUUCGCCGACGAGAAUCCAUCAUCAGAGGUCAUCGGCGUAGACCUCUCUCCCAUCCAGCCCAGUUUCAUCCCGCCAAACUGCAAGUUCGAGGUGGACGAUAUCAACCAAGAUUGGACCUACCCAAAAGACCAUUUCGACUUCAUCCACAUUCGAUACAUGACCGGUUGUGUCCCUGAUUGGGUCGAAUUCUACAAGAAGUCAAUGGACCACGUCAAACCCGGCGGGUGGGUCGAACAUGUUGAACUGUCCAGCAUCAUAACAUCGGACGAUGGGACUGUGAAGCAGGGCUCCGCCAUGCAGAGGUGGUUCGAGAUUUUCAAGGAAGUUGGUGAUAAGAUCGGCAAGACGUUUGGUGUUAGCGAGACAGCGCCGGAACAGAUUCGAGAGGCCGGUCUCGUGAACAUCCAUGAACGGAAGAUAAAAAUUCCAAUCGGUACCUGGCCCAAGGAUCCGAUACUGAAGAAUUGGGGAUUAUGGUACAGGCAAUUCGCCUUACAAGGCCUCGAGGGAUUCGUGAUUCGUGGCUUGACAGACCUGUUGGGGUGGUCAUUUGAAGAGGCGCAGCUCUUCCUCAUGCAGGCCCGGUCUGAAUUGACCGAUCCUCACAUUCACGCCUACACUUACAUGACUGUUGUCAGCGGACAGAAACCGAUACCGGCCGACGAGAGUUGA